GGUGGUCGCUGCCUUGCGCCGCAGAGCAACGCGACAGCGCAAGUGACAGUGACACAGCGUCGUCUCAGCUCAGCUCGGCUCCCGAGCUUGAGUCUUCCUCACGCCACUGCUCCCCCCUCCCCGCCCCGCGUCGAACACCUUCCUCCUCCCGCUAUAAAUCCCUCUCGUCUCCCUCCUCCACCUCUCCCCCCGCCUCUACUCCCCGCACACCCGCGACAAGCUCAGCUCGGCUAGGCCAAGACGGUGGCGAGCGGCGGCGAUCUGGUGCUCUGCUUGGGUUGAGUUCUUGAUUUUGCCGAGGUGUAUCGAUGGAGACGACGGCGGCGAAGAAGCUGCCGCCGGGGUUCAGGUUCAGGCCCACCGACGAGGAGCUUGUGGUGCACUACCUCCGCCGCCGCGCGCUCGGCUCCCCUCUCCCGCCCGCCGUCGACAUCCCCGAUGUCCGCCUCCUCGCGCAUGACCCCUCCGACCUGCUUCCUCCAGGGUGGAGUGAGCAGGAGAGGUACUUCUUCACGUGCAAGGAGGCCAAGUAUGUCAAGGGGCGCCGCGCCAACCGCGCCACGGGCGCCGGGUACUGGAAGGCGACGGGGAAGGAGAAGCCGGUGGCGGUGUCCGUGGCGGCGGCGCCGAGGAGCCAGGCCGCCGCCGUCGUCGUCGGCAUGAAGCGCUCCCUCGUGUUCUACCGCGGGAAGCCGCCGACCGGCAAGAAGACGGACUGGGUCAUGCACGAGUACCGCCUCGCCGGCGCCGGCCUCGCCCCGUGCCGCCGCGCCGCCACCGCCGACCACCCGGCGCGCCCCGCCGAGGGCUGGGUGCUCUGCCGCGUGUUCCGGAAGAAAGGCUCCGCGGCCGCGUCGACAGCCAGCCCCACCGCCGACGCCGACGACGACGACGCCACCACGGAGCGCGCCGACGACGCCGCGGCGGGCGUCCGGUUCAUCGACUUCUUCGCCCGCGCCGACGCGCGGCGGCGCCGCGCGGCGUCGCCGGUGUCGUCGAGCUGCGUGACGGAUGCGUCGGCGGAGCAUUGCAGGGAGCAGGAGACGACGAGCCGGAACGGCGGCGCCGCCGCCGGCGACGCCUCCGACUAAGCUAGGCAAGGCAAGCCUUGCAAGAUUGUAGCAAGAAAGAGGCAGGGUUAAGCUUUGUUUGUAAGUUUGCUUAACGAAAUCGCCCCCAAAAAAAAAAUGCAGGAGGACAAGACAGAGAGUAGCUCAAGAGUGUUCAGUGUAGCUCAAGAUCUGUUAAAACUAAUGUAUCUGAUUUUUAAUCUGCUGUUUUUUGUUUUGUGUUUUAUUUCACAGUGCCACACGCACCCGCGGUGCUCGUCCCAAAUUCGGUGAGCUCAAUCGCAAAUUCGCAUUAAAUUGGAUUAGAUUUUUUUUUUACAAAAUUCAGUUUGACUUAAGUUGGUCCCAA